CGGGUUCUGUCAGUGCCAGAAGCAGCAUGUUGGUCAGCCGGCGACUGGCAGGGGCGCGAGCCCGGGCACCUCUGCUUGCGAGUCUUCUCGAGGCUUUGUGCCGCCACGGCCGGACCACCUCAUCCUACUCCGCUUUCUCUGAGCCGUCACGGGUGAGGGCGCUGGUCUAUGACAACCACGGGGAUCCAGCCAAGGUCAUCCAACUGAAGAAUCUGGAGCUCACUGCAGUGGAAGGAUCUGACGUCCAUGUGAGGAUGCUGGCAGCCCCUAUCAAUCCAUCUGACAUAAAUAUGAUCCAAGGGAACUAUGGCCUCCUUCCCAAGCUGCCUGCUGUUGGCGGGAAUGAAGGUGUUGGACAAGUGAUAGCAGUGGGCAGCAGUGUGUCUGGAUUGAAGCCAGGAGAUUGGGUGAUCCCAGCAAAUGCUGGUUUGGGAACCUGGCGGACUGAGGCUGUGUUCAGUGAGGAAGCGAUGAUUGGAAUCCCUAAGGACAUCCCUCUCCAGAGUGCUGCCACCCUAGGUGUCAACCCCUGCACAGCCUACAGGAUGUUGGUGGACUUUGAACAGCUGCAGCCAGGGGACUCUGUCAUCCAGAAUGCGUCCAACAGUGGAGUGGGGCAAGCAGUCAUUCAGAUCGCCUCAGCCCUUCGCCUAAAGACCAUCAAUGUGGUCCGAGACAGACCUGACAUCAAGAAGCUAACUGACAGACUGAAGGAUCUAGGAGCUGAUUAUGUCCUCACAGAGGAGGAGCUAAGGAUGCCCGAGACAAAAGCCAUCUUCAAGGACCUGCCGCUGCCCCGACUGGCUCUCAACUGUGUUGGUGGGAAGAGUUCCACAGAGCUGCUCCGGCACCUAGCGCCUGGAGGAACCAUGGUGACCUAUGGGGGAAUGGCCAAGCAGCCUGUAACAGCCUCUAUGAGUCUGCUCAUUUUUAAGGACCUCAAACUUCGGGGCUUUUGGUUGUCCCAGUGGAAGAAGAACCACAGUCCAGAGGAGUUCAAGGAGCUGAUUCUCAUUCUCUGCAACCUCAUCCGCCAAGGCCAGCUUACAGCCCCUGCCUGCUCUGAGGUUCCACUGCAGGACUAUCAGCAGGCUUUGGAAGCCUCCAUGAAGCCUUUUGUGUCUUCAAAGCAGAUUCUUACCAUGUGAGUACUCCAGAGGACCAGGAGGAGAGCAGGAGAGGCAGGCCAGCAAGACUGUCUCUCCAAGAGGACCCCAGCCUUCCCAUCCUUCCCAGCCUUACUGCCUCUUCCUACCAGGAGGGUGGAAGGCCAACCCCAGGGUCCCUAAUAAACCCUGAACUUCUGGAGUAGAGGAUGAGUAUAGUCACACCUGUGGAGGAAUGAUAUGCGCCUGCCCCGCCUCUCCACCUGUUGUCCAGUCGCUGCCUGACCACCCUGAAAGCAGAGUCUAUGAGAUUGCUGCCAAGUGCAGAAGUCACUCUCUGCCCUCAGCAGCAUGAGCCCUAGAGUCUGGCAGAAAGGGAAAGGUUGUUAACUUCUCUUGGAGUAUGUGGCUCUGUCCAAGGCAAAGGGAUCUGCUGCCUAGAAGGUGAGUGGCAGGCUGAGAUCACUAAAGCUUAAGAGACACAGGACAGCAGGUGUCUAGGCCACCUUCUGUUGUAACUAAGAAAUUAAACAUCAUACCUGCGGUUCUCA